GCAGGCGCAGACCUCAUGUUGGCCGCCGCAUCACGUGCAGUGGCUCGUGCGGUGGGUCGCGGCGGGGUUCGCCGCGCACCUCGCCCCGGGCAGCCCGACGCUCGCACCGCCACCGCUGCCAUGUCCCGGUUGCUGUCUACCCCGCGGGCCGCCUCGGACGCCGGGGUCCGGCCCGCCACCGUGCUGGGCACCAUGGAGAUGGGGCGCCGCAUGGACGCGCCCGCCAGCGCCGCGGCCGUACGCGCCUUCCUGGAGCGCGGCCACACCGAGCUGGACACGGCCUUCAUGUACAGCGACGGCCAGUCCGAGAGCAUCCUGGGCGGCCUGGGGCUCGGGCUGGGCGGCGGCGACUGCAAAGUGAAAAUCGCUACCAAGGCCAAUCCCUGGGAAGGGAAGUCGCUGAAGCCUGACUGUGUCCGGUCCCAGCUAGAGACAUCACUGAAGCGGCUGCAGUGUCCCCGGGUGGACCUCUUCUACCUGCACGCACCCGACCACAGCACCCCUGUGGAGGAGACACUGCGCGCCUGCCACCAGCUGCACCAGGAGGGCAAGUUUGUGGAGCUGGGCCUCUCCAACUAUGCCUCCUGGGAGGUGGCUGAGAUCUGCACCCUCUGCAAGAGCAACGGCUGGAUCGUGCCCACCGUGUACCAGGGCAUGUACAACGCCACCACCCGGCAGGUGGAGACGGAGCUCUUCCCCUGCCUGAGGCACUUUGGACUGAGGUUCUACGCCUACAACCCUCUGGCUGGGGGCCUGCUGACCGGCAAGUACAAGUACGAGGACAAGGACGGGAAACAGCCUGCGGGCCGCUUCUUUGGGAAUAGCUGGGCCGAGGUCUACAGGAAUCGCUUCUGGAAGGAGCACCACUUCGAGGCCAUUGCCCUGGUGGAGAAGGCCCUGCAGGCUGCGGAUGGCACCAGCGCCCCCAGCAUGACCUCGGCCGCCCUCCGGUGGAUGUACCACCACUCCCAGCUCCAGGGUGCCCUCGGGGACGCGGUCAUCCUGGGCAUGUCCAGCAUGCAGCAGUUGGCACAGAACUUGGCAGCGGCUGAGGAGGGGCCCCUGGAGCCAGCCAUCGUGCAGGCCUUUGAUGAAGCCUGGCACCUGGUUGCCCACGAAUGUCCCAACUACUUCCGCUAGGCCCCCAAGGGCUCAAACCGCCAGGGGUUUCUUUCUUUCCUGUCCCCUCUUCUCUUCUCUCCCCCUGGCCAGUGUUUGCCUUAAGCUGAUUCAGCCUGAUCUUCCAUGACUGUCUGGAUCCACGCAUUAAUUUGUAGAUUCCUGCCUUGCUCGGGUGGCCUUCUCACUGUGUAAGGCUGGGGCGGAGCCCUGCUCGGCAGUUCCUGUCUGAAUAAAGCAGGCACUUGACCCGGC